CCCGCCGCCCCGGAAAAAUGAAAACUCACCGCCUAUGGAAGAAACAGAAUAAUCCACCAGUCUGACCUUCCUUAAUCUUGUUCCUUAGUGUCCCUCAAAGUAAAAAAAAAAAAACAUUUUGUGACUGAGCCCUACUUUUGCUCACGGUAUCCUCACGCUGGCGCGUGAGGAUACCGAGAAUGGGUUCGGUGAGUCUACAGCAAACGUUGAAGAGUGAACGUAUGAUCGGUCUCGUUCAUACACGUUUGUGGUCGAUUGCGCAGUCCUCCUCUGCAUGUCAAAAAAAAAAAAAAAGAUCGCAGUUGUUCCGAUUGAAACUGCAUUCGGUAAACACUUGUGUUACGCGUGCGCACCCGACAGGAACGUCUCGCCGAAUUUUGCGACCCGAGAAAUCGCGGGUGUUGCUCGGUGCCGUCGCGAGGCCGGCACGUGACACCGAUGCUUUCCUACACCCGUUUUCUCGAUGCCAGCGCCCUGGGUGUCACAGUGGUUGUGCGCGCCGAGUAGCAUGCCACCGGCGAACGAGCGGCAGCCGCCUGCCAGCGUCACGUGGCCCGACGUCACCGCGCGGCGGCGUCGAGCGGCGCGGCGGCGACCCGCGUCCCGACACAGCCGCACUCGUGGCCUGCUGCUGGCAAGCGCCGGCUAUUGCUGCCGCCGCAACGUGAUCGGCCACCCGUGGGUUUAUCAGGCGCGGCUAGCGCGCCCAUAUCGCUCGCUCGACGCGGUGCGCGCGGCUUCGUGUACCGCUGCGGGCCCAGGCUGAGCGCCGCUGGCGUCGGGCGCCCCACGCACAGCGGCUACUCCGAGCGCCCGUGCUGAGCUCCGCACGUGGACACCACCGCAGCCGUGUUGACAUCGCAGACGCCGCGUCCUCGGGGAUUACCGCGACCGUGACCGAGGAGGAAGGCCUCCGAAGCGUCAAGCCGCGGCCAGGUGAGGCCGAGGAGGAGUUGGGCUCGAAACCCUGAUGUGUCCAAGUCCCGCAGAAAACUCGACCCAGCUCGUGGCCUGCCAUGGGUGAGCGUUUAACAUGAGGAGUUCCUCCUGGUGCCUGUGGAUCUUGGUGGCCUUCCUGAGCGCGCCUAGCCCGCCCGGAGAGUGCCGCUAUGUCUCCAUCAACGACCCCAGCCAGCAGGAGAACUGCUACAAGAAGGGAGUUGAACAGCCCGAGCCGGCGCCCCGCAUCAUGUACGUCAACGGCCGCGCGCACAACAUCGUCGUCGAGACGAGCCAGAGGCCCACGCAGCGGCUGGUCACUCAUAUGUUUCAUAUUUUGGUUACCGAGCUUCUGGGCUACCGGGACGUAGUCAUCAGGUCAACGAGCAGCAUCGACCCAGAGUCUUCGCUGCAGCGCCUGACCGGCUGCGCCGAUCUCAAUGAUUGCAACGUCUCCAGUGACCACGUUCCUGAGACGAUGAUAAACCUAGAACUCUGGAUGGGACCUUCUUUUGACAUCAAACCAUGGCUGCGAACAGAUCGCAUCACGGACAUUGGUCCUCUGGGUCCUCUCGGACGGUACGGCUGGUAUGUGUCGAAACAAACGGCCCAAGAAUUCUGGAACAAGUAUAAUAUGGUGCUUGACCAUUGGCGCUCGUACCGCUCGGCCAACAUGACGUCCCAGCUGGACCUGCUUCAAGACGAGAAGCUACAGGAUCAUCUGACCAGAGGCGGCUACCUCUGCAACUUUACUAGCUGUCGCAGCGGCGUCUAUCGGUCUCCGUUGUGUGACCCGCUCAGGGAUGGCCGGGGAGUGCCUUGCGCCACGCUCAUCGCAGAUUUCCCAGAAAGCACAUACGCCUUGCUGAAGCACCAGAUCGAGACAUUGAAGCUUCGUGUGAACGUGGUCUGGAUCGGCAAGCAUUUAGACACCUAUGUCAAUAAGCUUCUAGAGCGCAAACAGCCGGUGAUAUUUUUCAACUGGAGGCCCAGUUCCUUGACAUUCAGCAACCAUGAUCUCACGCGCAUCGCCUUUCCUCAUUGCGAGGACCGUGCGCUGCAGGGAAAUCUCGACACGUCAAACUGUCUCUUCGAAGUCAACAACAUGGAACGGGCAACUUGGUCGAAGCUGAAGGACACCGCGCCAGACGUUUAUCAGCUGGUGGAGAAGAUGACCUUCACACAGCAGGAGUACGAAAAGCUUCUCAAAUUUUACCAGAGCAAGAGGCCGCAGCAGAAGAGCUUCCACCAGAUUGCGUGCCACUUUCUACUCGACAACGAGGUCCUAUUGCACCAGUUCUCGGUACGGGUCGCCGACAAGCCCAUGCUCCACAUCGGCGGUAUCUUCCCCAUGUCCGGCAUCUAUAAUCGCGUGGGCGGCGUGCUUACAGCGGCACGCAUGGCUAUGGAUAGCAUUAAUCGAAACGAGAAUAUUCUCAAGGACUUCAAGCUUGUGAUCCUCGAAGAGGAUGGUCAGUGUGCGCAGGACGUGGUCAUGAAGCGCUACAUCAACUACGUCACCAACUCCACCUACAAGAGCUUGAUCGGCAUCUUGGGGCCUGCCUGCACCGAGACGCUGGAGCCGAUCGUGGGCGUGGCGCAGCACUACAACACGCCCAUCAUUAGCUACAGCGCCGAAGGGGCCCUCUUCUCCAAGCGCGAAAAGUACCCCUAUUUCUUCCGCACCAUCCCUGAGAACCAUAUAUACAGGUUUGUGUACCUAAAGAUGCUGCAGGCUCUGCAGUGGCGGCGCCUGGCAGCGCUCACCGAGGACGGCCACAAGUACAGCGAGUACCUGAACCUGUUGCACGACGACAUGCAAAAGCUGGGCCUCAACUUUGUCACCAACCGCAAGUUUCCCCACGACCACGGCACGCACAAUGGCACGCACAGGUCUCAAGACAUGUCCCAGUACCUGGCUGACCUCAAAUCCCGCAAUGCGCGCAUCAUAAUCGGCGGCUUCGAUGAGGACGCCGCCCGCGCCAUUAUGUGCGAGGCCUACAGGCAGGGCAUGACGGGAAGAGACGGUUACCAGUGGUUUCUACCGACGUGGCUGAGCCAGCAAGAACAGCGCCAUCGGGAGUGGUAUAACACCGAGUAUUACAAUCAGCACUUCAAUGAAAGCGUGAACUGCACUGUUGGCGAGAUGAAGGUGGCCAUCGACGGUUACAUGAGUCUGCACCCAAAGGCGUAUGCUGACGACAAUGCCACCAUGCAAGACAACAAGACUGUCGCUUUCUGGAAGGCGACGUACAAGCAGAUUGCUACAGGUCAGGGCAGAGAAGACAGUGACUACGGGGGUUACGCGUACGAUGCGGUGUGGGUGUUUGCCCUCGCUGUUGAUGCGCUGUUCAAGAAGAACCACAGCUAUACGUCCUCCAUUCAUGAGGACGCAACAUUUAAGGAACUGAUCCGGCUGAUCAACGCAACCGACUUCCACGGCGUGACAGGCCACGUCCGCUUCUAUCGUUCGAGUCGGCUGACAGACGUCAUCAUCAGGCAGUGGGUGAACGGCAGCCAGCACCACGUGGGCACGUACAGCCCUGGCGUCGGUGACGAGGGUGACCGGCUGGCUCUGGGGCCCUCGGAAUCGCUGAGCGCCAUCCACUGGCCCGCCGGCCGAAAUCAGGGUGACGGCGGCGAAGACCCUGUGCUAUGCCCACUUGAAGGGCUGCGCCGUCUGCUCAAUACCAGCUGCGACUUGGCCAUUGUCGUCGCCAACGUAAUCGGGCUGAGUCUGUUCGCGCUGCUCAUGAUCGGUGGUUGCGUCGUCUUCAAGAGAAGGUACGAAGAAAAAGUGAAGCAGACAGAGGCGCGCAUGCGAGAGCUAGGACUACUGACGUCGAACCACCUGCCGUCCCUGGAUGGUUGGGAAAUGCCACGGGACCACAUUGUGAUCAACCGCAAGUUGGGUGAAGGCGCAUUCGGCACUGUGUACGGUGGGGAGGCGCUAGUGACAGACCAAUGCUGGCAAGCCGUGGCUGUCAAGACGCUUAAGGUCGGUGCCAUCAUCGAAGAGAAGCUGGACUUCCUGAGCGAGGCGGAGAUGAUGAAGCGUUUCGACCACAAGAACAUCGUGCGGCUGCUGGGCGUGUGCACGACGGGCGAGCCCGUGUACACGGUAAUGGAGUUUAUGCUGUAUGGCGACCUCAAGACGUACCUGCUUGCCCGCCGACACUUGGUUAAGGAGAACGAGCGCCACAAGUCCGAGGAAGUGUCGGACCGCUGCCUGACGGCCAUGGCGCUGGACGUGGCGCGUGGGUUGAGCUACCUUGCCGACCUGAAGUACGUACACCGCGACUUGGCCUGCCGCAACUGCCUCGUCAACGCCGGCCGCACUGUCAAGAUUGGCGACUUCGGCAUGUGUCGACCUAUGUACGACUCGGAUUACUACCGCUUCAACAAGCGCGGGAUGCUUCCCGUGCGGUGGAUGGCACCCGAGAGCCUCAACGACGGCAUCUUCACCACCAUGUCUGACGUCUGGAGCUACGGCGUGCUGCUUUACGAGAUCAUCACGUUCGCCAGUUUCCCGUACCAGGGACUCUCUAACAACCAGGUCCUCGAGUACGUCAAGGGAUACAAAACCCUACCCGUGCCCAACGGCUGCAAGCCUGAGCUGGAGGCGCUUCUGCUGCGCUGCUGGGCGCGCAGCCCGUCGCAGAGGCCCACGGCGUGCGAGAUCGUCGAGAUCCUGGCUAACGACACCAAGCUCAUCUCCCCUUGCCUGGACCUGCCUCCGGCCAGCGUCCAGGUGGAGGGCACCGACUCGCUCGAGCUGACUGCCAUCGGCGACCGCGGCCGCCUGCACUCCAUCUCGUCGCUGGCCCGGCGCGUGGAGUCCGUGGAACGCUCUGCUGCCGUGGUGGUGGGCCAGCAGCCGCAACAGCCGGGUUCCCCAGUUCCACCGCCGCGCAACCAGUACGUCACUCUCCGCCAGCUCAGUCGCACCAGCAGGCUGGAAGCCGUCGGCUGCAACAUGACGCCGCUCCCGGCGUAUCUAAUCCAUCCUGAACUGCGCCCUAGCGUUGGCAACCACCAGCAAACGCAUGAGCCGCCCAAGACGAUAUCUCCUCUGCUGGGAAGUUUGCGGAAAACGCCGAGGUUCUUGUACUCGUCGCGCCUGGCAACCACGACGCUGACCUAGCGCCUUCCCGUUCCGGCGGCACAGCAGUCGGGGGUGCGCGUCCACGCCGCCUGUUUCGAGCUCUGCCGCACUACUGCGCCUAUGGACGCAUGCCAGUGGCAGGAACCCGUCGCGUGGCCGCAUCGGUUGGCGACGGUGCGCUCUAGUCCUACAUCGCGAUGUGCGAGAACAUGAUCACCCAUUACGUGUGCGUGCGCGGUUUUCCAAGUGUGCGGACUGAACCAAGCAACAGAACCGGGCGUACACGCAUGCACCUAUUGUACAGCAGUCGCAGUCACCGUCCAUUUUUCGUUUUGAACCCUGCAGUGUCUGUGGUCCGGUUUUAGCUGAGCGCACCACAAAUAGUUCCGACUCAGCUGUCGGCGUGCCUUCGACUUCUGUGGUGCUCGGGCUCGGUCACCCGGAUGCUGCGUUAAUUUAUUACUUUUGUGCAUAUUUUGUUCGCUCCUGCUCAGAUACGGAAGUACACAUCCCUCUACGGUGUAAUACCUGGAAAUAAGUUUUUUUUUUGUAUCUUCUUUUUGUUCCAUAACUUUAUAAAAGAUCUAAUUAUUUCUUUUGUACAUAAUAUACUUUCAUGCAGUGUGUGCUGUCGUUGAGCGUGAGAUUUUUGAAAGAACUGUUAUUCCGCAUUGCCCCACUUGUGAAAUAAAUGACGCACAUACUACUGAGAAUGUGGACUUAUAGAUGGAAUGCGCUUUUAUCAAGUGUAAGCUUGUCGAGUUCCUUUUCAAGUAGUCAAGGCACAUUACGCACACUUUCUUACGGGAUGCCGCCAAGAUACCUUCAAUAAACGUUCGAGCCGUUUGUAGGUAUUAAUAUGGUCACAGCCCUCAUUUGUUCAUUCCCUUCCUUCAUUGCGUGUGCUAUUGUUUGUAAACCAGGAGCUCGCAAAAUUUUCGGCUGCAAACAGUUCCCGUGCGAGUAAAAUAUCUCAUAUGGAAAUUUCGGUAAUCCUCAAAUAAAGCAAGAUACGAAGCUGG